AUGAAGAUGGAAGACAUCACUGCCGAUGACGAGGUAAAUGACAUGGAGAUGAACCCACUGAGACCGGAACGUACACUUAUUCCGACGCGAACAGCAAUCUUGAGGCUGGAACGGGGGCGUCAAGACACUACUAAACGUCUUCGAGGUGUACUCCUGCCCAGAGAUGCGAUAACCGACGCAGAACGCUUACUUGCUCUUCCAACUGCACCUAAGACAACUCCAUCGCAACACGUUAUGCGUGUGACUUCUCCAUCUGAUAGAGAUUUCACAAGAAUCUAA